AUGCCAGAGUCCGUUGCAGUUGCAGUCAUGAUCACGUAUUCGAGUUGCAUUAAGGGGAAGAUAUUUGAGAUAGAUGUUGUUGAGCUAUUAAAGAGUAUGGGCCUUAAUGCAGGUUUUAAUGUUAAUUUACAUUUGAUUCAAAAAAUUAUACUAAUAGAAAGUAAUAUAGGACCCUCCGUCGUUCGCGAAUUAAGGGGUGCGGUAUGUCAAAGAGAUCUAGGCACGAUCGGUAUUGUGGUCUCUCCCCGACUUAAUUUUACAGAAUUCGCGGUUAAUGAAGCUAAAAUAUCGAAUUAUCCUGUCAUCUUGACGGAUAAAUCCCACCUUCCCGAAAUCAUCCUUAAUCUCGCAAUAGACUCUCUCCAAGAUAGACC